CUGCGACAGAGAAUGUUUGGGCAUUUUCACAGAAGCUGCGUCGUUGGAGCUGCGGCGAUCGCGGCUUUUGGUUCAACUCUUCUGUGCUCCAAUAACGACAAUGGUUACAGAGCAUUGCUCACAGCGCAAGUCCCUCUAUCAUUACAAUCACUGGAUUCCUCGUCCUUGACAUGGCCAUUGCUUCAUUUCUUUCCUCAGUAUCUGUUUUCUUCCCACCAACCUGGUCUGUCCUUAUGGGUUUGUGUAUAUGUUUGUAUUAUGUUUAGAGCUGAGCUUAGCUGAAAAUUUGUAGGAAUGCUUGCGCCCUAUUCUUAUAGGGUCAGCUCCAUUCAUUUGUCCCACAUAACUAAGGAAGCUUCUGGUGAUGUUUGUGAUGGGUCAAGGCCAUGUAAUUGUUUUGGAAGAGAUACCAUUGCAAAUGCAGUUGCUAAAGUUGCGCCUGCUGUUGUUUAUAUUUCAUUUCCAGAAGAUUAUCGUGGUAUUUACACUGGAACAAGAGAAUGCACAGGAACAAUCAUCAACAAGGAUGGUACAAUCUUGACAUGUGCUCAUAUGUUUGAUCCUAAACGCCACUGGGGAUCCCAUGGGAAGAUUGAAGUCAUUUUGCAAGAUGGAAGAAGAUUUCAGGGGAAUAUUCUAGAUGCUGACAUGCAUGCUGAUAUUGCUAUUUUGAAGAUCAAUUCUGAAAUCCCACUACCAGUAGCAAAACUUGGUUCUUCAAGUGGGCUUCAUCCUGGGGAUUGGGUGAUAAGCCUGGGAAAUCAUAAUACUCUUAUGAAAUCUAUCUCUUCUGGCAUUGUAAGUUGCCCUGACCGCAAAAAUAGUGAUUUGAAUUUAAGUGGCAUGCCGAGUGAGUAUAUACAAACAGAUUGUGUAUUAAGCCCGGGAGGUUCCGGCUCACCGCUUGUCAACAUGGAUGGAGAAGUUGUUGGUGUGUGCCUCAUGACAGUUGAAGGAGCUCGUGCGUUCAGUUUUGCUGUACCAAUUGAUGCUGUGCAUAAAAUUACAGAACAAUUCAAAAAAAGUGGAAUCAAUCCCAUUUCUUGGUCUGACAUAUCUAAGGAGCCUUCUGGGGCUUUUUGUGAUGAGUCAAAGCCACAUGGCUGUUUUGGGAGACAUGCUAUUGCAAGUGCAGUUGCUAAAGUUGGGCCUUCUGUUGUCAGUAUUACAGCUCCACUGGAUUUCUUUGGUAUUCCUACCGGAACAAGUAGAGGCACAGGAACGAUUGUCUACAAGGAUGGCAUAAUCUUGACAAGUGCUCAUGUGGUUGAUUUUCAAUCCAUGAUAGGAUCAUGCAGGGGGAAGGUUGAAGUCACUCUGCAAGAUGGAAAAACAUUUAAGGGGAGAGUGCUACAUGCUGACCGGGAUUCGGAUAUUGCUAUUGUGGAUAUCAAUCCUGAAAGCCCACUACCUGAAGCAAAAAUUGGUUCUUCUAGUGGGCUCCGACCUGGGGAUUGGGUAAUAGGCUUGGGCUGUCCACCUACUCUUGAGAUAACUGCCACUACUGGUAUUGUAAGUUGCACUGAUCGCACAAGUGAGGAGUUGCAUUCUAGUGGGAUGCCAAGAAAGUUUAUACAAACAGAUUGUGCAUGUCAUGUGGGAUAUUCUGGAGGACCACUUGUCAACAUGGAUGGAGAAGUCAUUGGCUUGAACAUCAUGAAAGUGAAGGAUGUUGAUGGGUUUUGUUUUUCUCUACCAAUCGACUUUGUGUGUAAAACUGUAGAGCAUUUCAAGAAAAGCCGAAGAUGAAACGUGGGGAUUUGUCGUGUUUGAGAGGGCAUCUUUGCUAUCUCGUAGUCUUUAAGGGUGCUUGGAAGUUGCAAUGCU